AUGGCCACCGAUACCGGCUCUCGUGGUAGCCACACGAGCGAUGACAACGAUACCAAUGGCAUCAAAAUCGCACCAAAUGGUAACCAUGAAGGCUUCACCGCAGUUCAGACCCGCCAAAACCCUCACCCACACAUCUCGAGGAAUCCUUACGGUCACAAUGCUGGAGUGACAGAUUUCCUCAGCAAUGUCUCUAGGUUUAAGAUCAUUGAGAGUACUCUAAGAGAGGGAGAGCAGUUUGCCAAUGCUUUCUUCGAUACUGAGAAGAAGAUCGAAAUUGCAAAGGCGCUGGAUGACUUUGGCGUCGACUAUAUCCUCACACAUAUCAGAUGUCACAUGGAUGACGCCCGGAUAGCAGUCGAAACCGGUGUCGAUGGAGUCGUGUGGUCAAGACACCAGCUAACCCCCACCAGCGAUGUUGUCAUUGGUACUUCCUCCUACCUCCGUGAACACUCUCACGGAAAGGACAUGACCUACAUCAAAAACACCGCCAUCGAAGUUAUCAACUUCGUCAAGUCCAAGGGCAUCGAAGUCCGCUUUUCGAGCGAAGACUCAUUCCGAUCUGACCUGGUCGACCUCCUUUCCAUAUACUCUGCUGUCGAUCAGGUAGGUGUCAAUCGUGUUGGUAUCGCUGACACUGUCGGUUGUGCAUCCCCUCGCCAGGUAUACGAGCUCGUCCGUGUCCUUCGCGGUGUUGUCAAGUGUGACAUUGAAAUUCAUCUGCAUAAUGACACUGGUUGUGCGAUUGCCAACGCAUACUGUGCCCUUGAAGGAGGCGCCACGCACAUUGAUACCUCCGUCCUAGGUAUCGGUGAGCGAAACGGUAUCACCCCUCUUGGUGGCCUAAUGGCUCGUAUGAUUGCUGCCGACCGCGACUAUGUGCUCAGCAAAUAUAAGCUGGACAAGAUCAAAGAUAUUGAAGACCUUGUGGCUGAAGCCGUACAGGUCAACAUUCCCUUCAACAACCCCAUCACUGGCUUCUGUGCCUUCACCCACAAGGCCGGUAUCCACGCCAAGGCCAUUCUGAACAACCCCAGCACCUACGAGAUCAUCAACCCGGCCGACUUCGGCAUGUCGCGUUAUGUGCACUUCGCUUCACGCCUCACAGGCUGGAAUGCCAUCAAAUCUCGAGCCCAGCAGCUCAACCUCGACAUGACAGAUGCUCAGUACAAGGAAUGCACAGCCAAGAUCAAGGCUCUCGCCGACAUCCGGCCCAUCGCUGUCGAUGAUGCUGACAGUAUCAUUCGUGCGUACCACAGGAACAUUAAACUAGGCGAGAACAAGCCACUUCUGGAGCUUACGGAAGACCAGAGGGUAGAGUUUGCUGCAAAGGAGAAGGAGAUGGCAGAGAACGGCGUUGAGGUUUCAGCGUAA